GGACAUGAGGCCUCGGAGCACCUGUGGGUGACUCUUGCGGUUCUUGCACAGCAUUUCAGCAAAUUUCGGCCGUAGCAUCUCUGAGCCUGCAAAUUAUGACUAUGCGGGCCGUCUUUCAGCCGGAGGAGGCCUCGGAGAAGGCCACUGCAACAAUAUCGACGCGCAACGGAGAAAAAAAACGGGAAAUCUAACCAUGUUUGCCUACUCACCUCUGGUCAGCAGGAAGGUCGGAACGAACCACGACUCUUGCUCUCCAUCCACCUCCCUCGCCCGGGAUGGCUACGUAUGGGAGCCACCCGCCCCACCCGCCGUCGGCAUCUCCCGGGACGCGUCGCGUCGCGACGCGCCUGUGGCGGGAGGGCGCUGUUGGCACCCUGCUGGCAUGUGGCGGAUGCGGGCCAGGGAGGGAGAGCUCUUCUCUCAUCGCAAACGCGAAGUCGACAACCAUUCUAUGAACGAGUUAAGGUCUGGAAAACAACAGUAUAACGCAGAAGGAUUCGCAGUAAGGCAUCAGUAUCGGGAUGAUCCUAGCCCGACUCGUAACUGCAUGGGUAGGCAUCAGUAUUGUCCGCGAGUCUGUGGCGGUGCCAUGGAUCGGGAAACCCACCUCGGCCCAGGAAUGCGAAGGCCCGAGUCGUGCCCGAUGAUCUCGGGAGAGCCACAGUCGAACUGCGCCACAAAGUUCCCUUUUCGGUUGACGAUUCAUGACGAAUCCAUUGCUGCCGGCCUCCUUGCCAAAGCGCUCAGAAGACGUCUCCUGACGGUACAAUACCUCAGCUUUCCGAUUGUACACCCUAACAUGCAUCCCCAAGCUCGUUCUCAAUGUGGUGUGGUUACGGUGUUAUGUUCGAGCGGCAUCAUCGAACCUCGUGCCAGUGGCAGCGAGUUACGGAUGGCCAGUGUAGAUAUUUCAAACGCCUUCACCUGCGUUCAAGACCUUCGUAAAAUGAAGCAAUUCAGUGUGUCUCUGCGUCCUCAGUCGUCUAUCUCUCUUACCUCUUCACUUCCGUACAAUAACGCAAGGACCGCGUUCCGAAUCCGAGGAGUCAUCGCUAUUGGUGCCUGGACACCUGCGACACGGUGUCACGGUCUCACUGGUAUCUCAUGCUCGUUCAUCUGCCGUUCAGAGCUUACGGGCUCCUGCCCUACUUCGUGUCAGUCAUACGUAGUCGUCACACUGCUGAACUACAACGUGUGUGGCAUGCCUUUGUCAGCGCUCAGCUGCCAACCUCGAGUUGAACGUACGACUUCGAAAUCGGUCUCCUCCAACAUAACCGUCUUGAUCCUCCGACGCCGAAACCCAAGGCACCCAACUGUUGAUUCCGGUAGAUCGGAGUCGUUCGUGCGGCGCCAGUAUGCGCCUGACCUACCAAGCAUCACAGCAACAGUGGCUCGGUUCUUGCUGCAUUUAGCGGCCGCAAACUUGAAUGUUAAUCGUGUGUAUUUCAACGUCCACGGCCUGCCUUCUUCCGUAUCUGGACUACGUGCUACGCACUCACCAAGAGCCCACUCAAGCAACCCCUGGCUGCGCGCGUUGUGCUAUGCUUCUGGGGCGUCCCGACGCUCGCAUCCUCUCCGACUUCAGGACCGCACGGAGAGACGGUCACCUGCAUACCUCGGCCACACACCGGACACUCUGAUGGUGGCAGGCUCGACUCGAAAGCUGCUCAUCGCGGCUGUCUAUGGACGCGCACGUCCUUGCCAAUGGACUGGCGGUGACAGAUGCUAUCCAAGUGGCCGCUCGAGCCAAGUCACAGACGAGAGCGGCUACCCCCUAGUUGGUGAAACACGAUCUUAUGUGGUGUUUGAACGUCUUCGCGAAGAAUGCAUGUGGCAAGGUUUGACUGGGGGACCCAGAGCGGUCGUCGCACGAGUGAUUGUACGGCUUGCGCGGACGAAUGUCUCCUUACCCUCGGACUAA